GAGUUCAAGGCCAAGAACGGACUUGACAAGGUCAUCGUCCUCUGGACUGCCAACACCGAGCGUUACGCCGACAUCAUUCCUGGCGUGAACGACACCGCCGAGAACCUGAUUAACGCGAUCAAGUCGGGCCACCCGGAGGUUUCUCCUUCCACUGUCUUUGCCGUGGCCUCGAUCCUGGAGAAUGCCCCCUUCAUCAACGGUUCUCCUCAGAACACUUUCGUCCCUGGUGCCAUUGAUCUGGCCGAGAAGAACAACGCCUUCAUUGGUGGCGAUGACUUCAAGUCUGGUCAGACCAAGAUGAAGUCGGCGCUCGUCGACUUCCUCAUCAACGCCGGUAUCAAGUUGACUUCCAUUGCCAGCUACAACCACCUUGGAAACAACGACGGCAAGAACUUGAGCUCCCAGAAGCAGUUCCGCUCCAAGGAAAUCUCUAAAUCGAAUGUUGUUGACGACAUGGUCGCUGCUAACACGGUCCUGUACAAGCCGGGUGAGCACCCCGACCACACCGUCGUCAUCAAGUACAUGCCGGCCGUCGGUGACAGCAAGCGUGCGCUCGACGAGUACUACGCCGAGAUUUUCCUGGGUGGCCACCAGACUAUUUCUCUGUUCAACGUCUGCGAGGACUCUCUGUUGGCCUCGCCGUUGAUCAUCGACCUUGUUAUCGUGGCGGAGCUUAUGACUCGUGUUGGUUGGAAGAAGGAAGAGUCCCAGGACUACAAGGGCUUCCACAGCGUGCUGAGCAUUCUCAGCUACAUGCUCAAGGCCCCGUUGACUCCUCCUGGUACUCCGGUGGUUAACGCCCUCGCCAAGCAGCGUGCUGCGUUGACCAACAUCUUCCGUGCCUGCGUGGGUCUCCAGCCCGAGUCCGACAUGACCCUGGAGCACAAGCUGUUCUAG